GCAAAUUAGUUCAUGAUUGAUUCUAGUGUCCUCGGUGCUCGUUACAAAAUGUGUAUUUCUUCCAAAUACAUUCACUGCCAUUCGUCCACUUCCAUUCGUGCAGAGUCACUUUAAAAUGUGCCAACAAAAUAAUCGUUAAAAAAUUAUUGUCGAUGUAUAAAAAAGUACUGAAACGUUCGCACACAAUGUAUGCGUGCUAUAUGCAUUCAAACUUGAUCCCCUUUCCUCAGAGAUCCUGUUAUCGUAAGAAUUCGCAUUGAUGUGUGAGUUCGUCACCAGAAACCGUCAGAAGAAAAAAAAACGAAGCACUCCAGAGCCAGCAAUGUUGCAAAAAUAUCGUCUUGAUUUGUGCACCUGUUACAAUAUUUUUUUCUCCAAACAAUCUCCUCGCCGAACGAUCAUCUUCCACAGACGCUACAGUCACCCAUAUAGACGUUCGAUCACGCAGAAUGCAGACAUACGUACCCGAGCGACACCCGAUUGUAGCAGUUUAUUUGUAUAAAAAGCGAAUCGCACGAUUCUGUUCUGCACAGUGCUAAGCCAUAGCACCACCGAUAAGGAGAGCGAUGCUUGCCGGACGGAUUUAUCACCCAGUCAAGAUGCGGACAGUACAGGUAAAGCGAACACUGAUCAAUGUGAUCGUAUUUUCGAUCGCUGUUUGCCGCGUUGAAGCAUGGUCUGUCACAAAGCCACCAACCACCGGUACCACUUCCGAUGGAACAGCUACCUGCCCGAGCUCCAAAUAUCGUCCGAUCGACUCGUCUUGCUCCAGCCGAUUGAAUCCUGGUUGGGGUAAAGCCGAUGAACCGUACGCUCGCAUGCUUCCACCGAACUACGCGGACGGAAUCUCCAGUCCACCGGUGAUGACGAACGGCAGUGCAUACGUUAGCGCCCGAACCAUAUCGUUCAACGUGUUCUCGAUCGAUGAAGUGCCCGAUCCGAACAACACGCUGGUGAAUAUAUUUUUUUUGCAGGCGAUUGGAAAUGAUUUAAGUGCGCCCGCCGGUGCCGACGAUCCAGUGGAGUGUUGUGUUGAUGGGCAGAUCGUACCGAACGCGCCGAACCGAUGCUAUCCCGUGUCGAUUCCUGACAAUGACGCACUGUACUCGUGGUUUAACAUCACUUGCCUGAAUUACGCAAGGUUGCUCACGAGGACACCCGCCCAACCGUCGCAACCCGUUCAGCAGAUUAACCGGGCGAGCAGCCUGUUGGAUUUGUCGUUCGUGUACGGUUCAACUGUUUCACAAAGCAACAGUCUGCGCGCAUUCUCAGGCGGCAGGUUGCUGGCGGUACGGCGCAACGGUAUGGAAUGGCCAGCACUAGACCCGGCCGGAUGUACCGAAACGAAUGUGUGCUACCUGGUGGCGGAUAAGCGAAGCUACCAGUUCCCGAUGUCCGCCACAAUGCACCUACUUUUCCUCCGGGAGCACAACCGAUUGGCUAACCAGUUGCGGCUGAUCAAUCCCGGCUGGACGGACGAGGUGCUGUUCCAGGAAGCGAGACGCAUCAACAUUGCCCAAUAUCAGCACAUCGUGUACUACGAGUACCUGCCGGGUGUGUUGGGUCGCGAGAACAUGAUAAGCAACGGGCUGAUCUACGAAGGAACCGGCUUCACAUCGGACUACAGUCCACUGCAAGACCCGUCGUCGCUGGGCGAAUUCGGAGGAGUUCUGGUGCCGUUCAUGCAAACCCAACUUCCAGGUAGCAUCAACUUAUACAUCAACGAUACGGUGCAAUCGCUCCCGCUAAGCAGUGUAGCGGGCAAUGUAAUUACGCUGGAGAGCAUGUUUGCCCUGUACUUCGUAGGACUUACUACACAAUCGACUAACCGGAUGGAUAGCAGCUUCAGCAUCGAAUGGAAAAACUUCAUGUACCGUGGCUAUGAUCCGUUGGGUAAGGAUCUUCUUGCGCUGGACAUACAGCAGAUGCGGGACUUUGGCUUUGCGCGGUACAACGACUACCGGUCUCGGUGCGGUUUGAGCCGGUUCGCGACGUGGGAAGCGUACAACGCCACCUUCAAGGUGGUCUGUCCCAAAACCAUCGACAAGCUUCGCCUGUACUACCCCACCGUGGACGAUCUGGAUCUGUUCGUUGGUGCGGCAUUCGAGGAACCGAUUGCUGGAUCGCUGUUGGGUCCAACCUUUUUCUGCCUGUUCAAGCAACAGUUCCUCGCGUCACGUGCUGGCGACCGUUACUUUUUCGAAGCAGGUGGACAGGAUGGAAGCUUCAGUGCGGCACAGCUCAAUGAAAUACGCAAAAUAAAAUUGUCCAGGCUGAUGUGCAACGCUUUCCCGACCACGCCAAACAUUCAGCCGUCUGCGUUCUGUCCGGCGUCUGUCGAUAAUUCGCCCGCAUCUUGCAAUAGCCUGCCAGUGCCCAAUCUUCAGUUGUGGCGUGCAUAAGGAUAGCAAAUGUUAGUCGAUCGUCUAGUGGCUGAGGCAAGGCUACUGUACAACGACGGAGAGCCAAUAAACAACGGUGUUCCCGUUACGAAACCUGA